CAGGCUCUGCUCUCCUCUGAACCCAAGUCAUCCAGUUGCAGCCUGUUGAAAAUGACGAUGAGAGAACUGAUCGCUUUGGCCAUGCCCUCUUCUAACAGGAACACUGACAGCUCCACUGUUCCUCAGGUCCAUGCUCUGAACAUCCUCAGGGCUCUGUACAGGGACACUCGUCUGGGGGAAAACAUCAUUCCCUUCGUCUCAGAUGGAAUGCAGGCGGCCGUGCUGGGCUUCACCUCUCCUGUUUGGGCAGUGAGGAACUCCUCCACUCUUCUCUUCAGCACUCUGAUCACAAGGAUCUUUGGAGUAAAGAAAGGGAAGGACGAGCACUCAAAAAAGAAUAGGAUGACGGGCCGAGAGUUUUUCACCCGUUUUCCAGCUCUCUAUCCGUUCCUUCUGAACCAGCUGGAGGAGGCUGCAGCCACGGUGGAAAGCGACAGUGGGCAGGUGAAGCUUCACCCCAGUCUGUUCUUGCUGCUGCUGGUGCUCAGUCGACUCUACCCUUCUCCCAUGGAUGGAUCGUCUUCACCUCUGGGACUCGCUCCUUUCAUGCCCUUCAUCAUUAGAUGCGGUCGCUCGGCAGUGUAUCGGACCAGAGAAAUGGCAGCUCGGGCCCUCGUCCCCUUCGUGCUGGUCACCCAAGUCCCAUCCACCGUCCACACUUUACUGCAGGAGCUUCCUCCAGAGCCUAGACCCAAUAUCCAACACAACCACAUCCAUGGGACUCUGCUGCAGGUGCUGUUUCUGCUGCGCUCCUACCAGACUGACUCACACAGACCCUUCCCAGCAGGAAAUGGCAUCUGCGAAGCCCUCCGUCAGCGCAUGUGGCUCGCCUCUCGACAAAAUAGCUGUGUGGUGACUAGAGGAGCCUUUCUGGAUGUGUUGGUGUGCCUGUGUGGGCCAAAGAUCAGUCUUCUGGAUGAUUCAGAGGUCACUGACCUCCGACAGGAAGCUCUGUCCGUCCUGAUGGCCUCUGACCUCGUCACCUCCGACUCCUCCUCUACCAUACUGGGGCCCGGCAGCACCCAGUACCUGCUCGGCCUGGCCCGGGUGGCCCUCAGUGCGAGCGUAGAGAUCCCUGAGCUCUGGGGGGGCCCUCAGCUCACGAGCCGGCUAGUGCAGUGUCUGCUGCAGUGCCCACACUACGAGGUGAGGGAGCUGGCACUGGAGGGGGUCCUGAGGAGGCUGCAGGAGAAGGAGGAGGAGGAGCAGAAAAGGAGGCCUCAAUGGCUGGACGAGACCACCCUGUCUAACCUGACUAGCCUGGCUCUUCAUGAGACACACCCCCAGUGUCUGGCCAAGGUCCUCACGGUGUUGUGUGUGUUGAGCUCCAGCAAUGAGCUUCAGUGGAGGGAUGGUGUUGAGAUUUUGUCGCAGGAGGAGGUCCUGCUGCACCUUCUUGCUCGGGCUCAGAAUUCUGCUCAAAGUGUGGAGCUCCACUGUGCUGCCAUGACCCUGGUGUCUCAACUGGUGGUUCAACUGGUGAACACCAAGCCUCAGGGUUCAAGUGCAGUGCCUUAUUUCGCUCAGUGGGGGGCGCUUGUGUGCUCAUGCUGCAGCGAGGAGCAGCCAGAGGAGGUGAAGCUGAUGGCUGCCAAGGUGUUGGUCAACUGUACAGCCACUGUGCUGACCAGCGCUCAUCUGCCACUGGGUCUGCCCACUACAGUUUCUCUGUGGAGGAGUCUGUUUACGCUGCUGCAGGACGAAGACCAGGAAAUCCGAGAUUCAGCCUCUGACUUCAUCUCUAAUGUACCAGCACCUCUGCUCAGAGCAGAUGUGGCAGGUGUGUCCGUGUGUCCUCCAGUAGCUCUGGACUCUGGUGUUGGGCUUCUGUGUCGGCUGUUUGAGCUCUGGCAGCAGGUACCCGCGGGUGUCCUCGCUCUGACAGAGUGGCUGCUGGGAGAGGAAGAAGGCAACAAUGAAGCAGUUGCAGACGAAGCUUCCAGUCUGGAUGAAGAGGACUUCCUGUUCGAGAAGGGGGAUCUGAACCUGUGGGCCGAGCCGGUCCAGUGGGUGCAGCUGCUUCACAGACAUCUUUGCUUCCUCAUCUUCAAGCAGACCCAGGCCCCAGGAACCGCAGGGCCCGACCAGGUCCACGAAAUCCAUACGCUGUCAACUCACGCCCACGCCCAGGCAAUCAGCUCCCAGCAGGCCUUGGACUCCCUCCCUGCCCUGCCCCAGUUCUCCUGCACCGUGGAGCAUGCCCGGCUGGUGCUGCGGCACCAGAGGGCCACUCUGGCUCUAGAUGUGCUGGAGAGGCUGAGGUAGAGGAGUCGUCUGUGUCUAACUCUAACACCGCCACAUUUUUUUAAUUUUAGAAAAUUUGCUAAAGUCAGGGUUCCUAAUAUUAAACACAACUUCAAUGAACCAACACAUGAGACCACAGACUGGCCUUGUGGUUGAGUCUUUUUAUUAUCAAAUCAAGGGAAUAAAGGAAACAAUAACAUGUUUUUUUAAUAUGAAGUCUCAUUACUUGUCUUACAAAUCUUGCCCUCACUUAUUCCCAGAUGUGUUUUGUUUGUCUCAUCAUUUUUAUGAUUACUCUUCCUUGAUGUCUUUAAUUAAACACGUCGGAAAUGACUGCAUUUUGAA